UUGCAUCAGAUAUUCACCAAGGCUGGUGUUCACGAUGUUCGCUUGAAGCAAGCUAUUGAUUUAAAAAAUGCAAUGGAGACAGCAGUGAAGAAGCACGAGGAGAUGAACAUCAGUUACAAGAAUAGGAAUAGAAAAGUGAUGAAAGCAAACGAUGAGGAUGAGGACGAUGAUGACGAUGAUUUUGUUGAAGUCCCGGAAAAGGAAGGUUACGAGCCGCGCAUACCGGAUCACCUUCGGGAGGAGUACGGACUGGAGCCUUGGGUACAAAAGGAUGAACAGACAGCCAGGGCAGCCAAAGCAUCUGCAAGGCCUCAAUCAUCGUGUUCACAGCCACGUCCACCAAGAAGGAAAGAUGAGGACUUAGAUCCAACAUGUGCAGCGGCAACAUUAAAGAUCUUAAAGAAGAAGCUGGAUGAGAUGUACAGCAUGCCUGGAACCUCAGAGGAAGCAGACGCACAACCGUCCACAUCAGUGGAUCCUGGGUUGUCAGAGGAACAUGACAGUAAUAAGAGGAAAAGGGAAGAAGAGAAGGAAAGAGCCCCGGUGAUACCGUUUGGAUUAGACCUUUAUUACUGGGGAAAAGAGCAGUCUACUGCUGGCCAGAUUCUUAAAGUGGACUGUCAGCACAGUUUUUGGAGUUACAAAGAGGAAGAGGGCGAGAGUGAGAAUAAUGAGUUGGCAGCCAUGCUGAAGACCAGAUACAUCACCUUUGCCGGAGAGUUUCAGCCAGUAAAUCACAAGUGCCAAGCACCAAUGCCUGAUGGAACACUUUGCCAACGCCAGGAUCGGCUCAAGUGCCCUUUCCAUGGAAAGAUUAUCCCAAGGGAUGAACAAGGAAAUCCCACUAAUCCAGAAGACAUUGUAAGACUGGAACAGGAAAAACAGAAGAGGCAAGAAGAGCAACCUGACUGGCGGGAUCCAGAGCUGAUGAGAGAGAUUGAAGCUGCCAAAGGUGUCGAUUUGGGAUCCUCUAAACUCUAUAAAAAAGGGAAAAAGGGAAAAGGAAAGAAGAAAAAGUACCCAAACCUCACUGACUUGAAGCAGCAGAGCAAUACAUCGAGAUCCAGGCUGGAGAAGCGCAUCUUCAAUAAGUUGUCUGUGAAACGAGUGUCCGAAGCUUUAGCUCGUAUAGACAAAAGGAAACACGAAAAGUUUGCAAACCAAUUCAACUAUGCGUUACAGUGACAUCAGCUCCAGAAACAGCCACUUUGCCGGACGGUGCCUUUAUCUGUUAAACCUGUGGCUGCAGCCCACUAUGUGGGUGAACUCGGAACAGCUAAAUAAUCCUUUUUUAAUAUAGAUUUUGAUAAUAUUAUUCCUCAUGGUGUGGCAUUUCAUUUAUUGGUGUAUAUCUCAUACAUCUUUUUUAACGUUAAUAAAAAAAUGUGCAUUUAAGGUAUGUAAUUAUUGGUAAUUGCGAUUGAUAAUGUAAUAUAUAAAACUGCUCAAACUUCAGAUUUAUUCAUAUUAACUGAGUGACCAAAAUGUACUGAUUAGCUACUCUGUUUCCAACAAUGUAAAAUGAAUUGUAGACUUUUCCUGUAAGCUGGACAGUUUUGCUGAGGGCGUUGUGUUUCUGGAUGCACGUGACAGACAUUUUUUUUCCAAAUCUUUGCUUCUUAAACAAAGAAAAUUGAUGCUCUAUACUUCCUCACAGUUCACAUUGUUAUGUUUUUAUUUAGAUUGAAAAUGUUAUCUCCAACUGAUUUGACGUGCGUACCAUCCAAGUGUGUCCUUUUUCUGAAACUGACUGUAUUCUGUCACAGUAUUAACAAUAAUCCUUGCAGCGCUACAGUACACAGGCCUGUAUAGCCACAAGUGAAAAAUCUCUGACUGGGAGAGAGGGGAAGAAUGGGACUGGACUAGGUGGAUCAUGUGGAGAAAGACACCAGAACAGACAUGAUGGGCCAAAUGGUCUGUUUCUGUGCUGUGACAUUCUGUGUGUCUGUAGUUGUUACAGAGAAAGAUCAACCUCCCUUCACCAGGACUCCUCUGUGUAACCCAUUGCUCUCUGUGUAUAGAGGUACAACUCAACCUGACCUAACAGUGCAUCUAUAACUCUGAAAACAUGCCCCAAGUCUUGUACCUUGACAUCUCUGAAGGAUUUCUCUAUCACAUUUAGCGUCUUACAGACCUCCAUAAGGUCACCUCUGAGACGUUUUCUUUUAAAGCUCAAGAAACCUAGCUAUGUAUUAUAACUCAUCACCUUUACAGUUUCUGCCCUAAAUUUGCCAAUCAUAUCUCUGAACCCUUAUGCCCUCUUCCUUUUGUUGUUGGGCUGCAAGUGUUGGGUAUUCCAUUGCCUCAGCAAUGGGCUUUCACGGUUUAGACUUCAAUCAGAUUGUGUAGAUGUACUCGAGAGGAAGCUAGACCUUCACGUGAGCGAGACGGGAAUCGAAAGGUAUGGGAGGGAGUAAGGAGUGGGUGAAGAUUCAUAUGGAGUAUAAACACCAGCACAGACUGAUUGGGUCGAGUGGCCUGUUUCCUUGUUGUACAUUCUUGUAAAUUAUCACCAGCGUGUGCAUUGAUGCUGAAUGAUUCAGAUGAAACAUCGAUAAUGUUCAGAUAUUUGAUCCGUGUCACUUGAAAGUUAUCAAAUUUUUUACAAAGUUGCUCUCGCUAUGCUCCAUGGCAACAUUGAGAAUGUAUUCAGUAAGAUCAUAAGAGGGAACAGGUCUUUAUUGUGUUAAAAAUAUGUAUUAAAUCUCAGCAAUUUCACUUGACUGCAUGUAAUUUAAGACAAUGAUCAAUCAGAAAAACUUAGGCUUGCCAUUGACUGAAUAAAACGCUUACCUCUUGAA